UAAAAGGAAUGAGAAAGCAAAGUGUAUGACAAAUUGAGAAGCACACAAAUUUUUGUAUUUUGGCAGUGCUGCCAAAAGGCUAAAAGGGACUGGAGCAACAAUAAUAAUUUGGAGCAAAACGUGGGGAUACAGUCGCAUUGCUGUGCGAUGACAUGACACAGAAAACACACAAAAGGUUGGUCGUUCGCGAGGACAGUACGUUGGGGCGCAUGAAGCAUCGACAAACAAAAUUGUGAAAAGGAAUUUAGUCAAAGCAAAAAUAAAAUAUAAAAAUAAAAAAAAUUGUCCUGCAUAUUUAAAUGACAAGUUAAGUGAAGUUGAGUGUGCCUAUAUGCCAAUUGAGUGCCUUAUAUCCUUUGAUAACAAUCCUCAAGGUGUAUAUUAUGCUGGACAAGAAUUAUCUGGCGUGGUCGAUCUUGGCGUCGACACAACCAAAAGAAUUAAAGCUAUUCACAUCACUGUCAGCGGUUACGCAAAAACGAGAUGGAUAAAAAAAGGAUAUCCACGUGAUAGCGAACGCGCAAUAUGUCGCGCGUAUCGCUCAUAUUUGUCAUCCCGUUCAUAUGUGCUGGGCACAUGUGCCAGCAGUUCGUGCAUGGAUUGGAGUGCAGGUGAAUAUUCGUAUACGUUUCACGUAAUACUGCCAGAAAAUUUGCCAACAGCGUUCGAUGGCAAAUACGGACAAAUACGCUACGAAAUCAUAACGACUAUCGAACGACCCAGCAGGCAUCCAAAAGUCUUUAAACUGCCGUUCACUGUAAUACAACCGUUGAAUUUGAAUGAGGAUGCUAUAUAUAGGAUACCAUUAGAUAUACUCAAUCGCAAACGUUUUUGGAGCUUUUGUUGCCCAACUGGACCAUUAACUGUGAAAUUCUCAACGCCCUAUUGUGGCUAUGCACCCGGCCAAAAAAUACAUUUCGUCCUUUAUAUAAAUAACGAAUCAUCAAUCGAUAUAACCGAAUGCGAAGUCAAAUUAAAACAAGAAGUCAUCUACGAAUCACACGAUCCACAACAUGAAUUUCGUUAUGAUAAAAAUUUAAUAGCGCGCAAGCAAUUUGGCAAUGUUUUACGUUGGAGUCGGAAAGUGUAUCGCGGUUGGUUGGAUUUACCAUCCAUAGCACCAACAUCGGCUAGAACAACUUGUCCCAUAUCUGUGAAUUAUUUAAUUAAAAUCAUUAUAAAGCCGACUGAAUUUCAUUGGAAGUUAAAGCUUAAAGUACCUAUAACAAUUGGUAGUAUACCAAUUAUGGACAAUCCUAUGACCAUUAAUGAGACGUUAUUACAUAUACAAAUGUCAACGCGCACAAAUAAUAAUAGUUAUGUUAGUGGUGAACCAUCACCCACUUCAUUGCGACAACAACAGGAGCAACAUGAAAGUCGAGCCACGCCUGCCAUACUAGUAACGGAUGGAGACAAUCCACCGGAUUAUAUACCUAUGAUGCCGCCAUCGUAUCAGGACGCUAUGGCAUUGAGUGAUAAAUUCUAUGAUGAUAAUGAAUAUUUGCAGAACAUCAGUAUGAGCAGUAUUACGACUAAUGAUAAAAAUGAAAGCUUUAAGCCACGUUAUCCCGUUUAUUAUGAAUAUGAAACACCAACCAUACCGCCCGAGAAGCUUUAUGACGUAUCGCCAUCUCAGCUACGUAUCGCUUUAGAGCCGCCAUCGCUGGAGGACCCGCACACGCCAAGUGCAGCCAACUUAACAAUUUUUCCAUACGAAAAAAAAUAAAAAAUUACUUCUAAAAUAGUUAAAUAUUUAAAUUAUCAUAUUUAUAUUU